CGCUAUUGCCAACUUCAUUUGUCGUCUUUUCGUACGCACUGUUGCUUCUAUGAACCCUAAACGUCUGCAUGGAGACGCACCGAUCUGGGAAGGAUCGGGUGGUACUGGUACCGUUCACUGAUUUUGAUCCUGCGAAGCUCGCCGGCUUCUCCCCCGCCGUUCCACUUACGAUCCGUUCACUUGCAGUCUUCACUGCCUCCGAGGUUGAAACCCUGAUUUACGUCGGCACCGGUGGCGGUAAGCUCAUUCUUCUCUCAUUGAACCCUUCGCUUCCAUCUACUUCUUCCGAUGACAGCUCCAAUGGUCCUCCGAUCGCGCCGGUACAGUUUCUAAGGUCCGCGACGGUCAGCAACCGUGUCAUCGAGUCGAUCAACGUUCUACCUGAGAUUCGAAGAGUCAUUGUUCUCUCGGAUGGAUUCUUGUUCUUGGUAGAUACGCUGCUAUUGCAGUCUAUAAGGAAGCUAGGGUUUGCCAAGGACGUUACCGCCAUUUCAAAGAGGGUUUUGCAGCCAGAUUCGUCGAUUUCGGAUCCUUUUGGCGAUGGAGCGGUGAGAGCGGAGCUUUCGAGAUAUGGGCAAACUUUUCUUCAGAAGUUUGGAGGAGGGAUUCGGGUAAAUGGGACAGCAUCUAGGGUUUCUGAGCUGCAGAGAGGAGCAGGAACUGGUUGCUUUUUAGCAGCUGCCACAGGGAAAAAGUUGUUAUUGAUCGAGCUUUUUUUGCCGAGCAAUGUUGACUUGGAUGCUGAACAUGGUGGCAUUUCCAUGCGCUGGAAGGAGAUUCAGGGAAUUGAAGGUGUGAAGACCAUGGUUUGGGUUGGUGAUUCUAUAAUAGUAGGAGCAUCAGAAGGUUACAUGCUCUUCUCUGAUGUUACUGGUAAAGGCUCCUUAAUUUUUUCUCUUCCUGAAUCCUCUCCGCCUUUGGUGAGACCUUUAGUGCGAAGCUCCGAUGUGCUUCUUUUGUUUGAUAAAGUUGGUGUGGUUUCCAAUGCUCUGGGACAUCCAGUUGGCGGGAGUUUGAUUUUCCAGUAUGUGCCGGAAUCCAUUGCUGAGUUGCAUCCGUAUGUAAUAGUUGCUCGAGAUGGUAAGUUGGAUUUAUAUAGGAAGAAAACUGGGGUUUAUGUGCAGUCUUUGUCAUUGAAAAAGAGUAGUGUUGGCCCCUGCAUUGUUGCGAAUGAUGAUCAGGGUAGUGGAGAUAUUCUUGUUAUUGGAACAACUUAUAAGGCCUGUUGUUAUCGUAAAGUGCCUCCAGAAGAACAGAUCAAAGAUUUGCUAAGAAAAAAGCAUUUUAAGGAAGCCGUUUAUCUGGUGGAAGAGUUUGAGUCGGAAGGUGAAAUGACAAAGGAGAUGCUUUCGUUUGUGCAUGCCCAAGUGGGCUUCCUAUUACUCUUUGAGUUGCAUUUUGAAGAAGCAGUUGAUCACUUUCUGCUAUCGGAAUCAAUGGAUCCAUCUGAAAUAUUUUCAUUCAUAAUGAGGGAUCCCAACCGGUGGUCCCAACUGGCGCCAAGGAAGCGCUACUGGGGAUUGCAUCCUCCUCCUGUACCUCUUGAACAAGUUGUUGAUGAUGGGCUUCAGGCUAUUCAACGAGCUAUGUUUCUCAGAAAAGCUGGUAUUGUCAAUGCCACUGAUGAGGAUUUUAUUUUGAAUCCACCAAGCAGAGCUGAUUUAUUGAAGUCAGCAAUUGAAAACAUUAUCAGAUAUCUGCUUGUCUGCCGGGAGAAGGAAUUGCUUCCUCCUGUGAAGGAAGGGGUCGACACUCUUUUAAUUUACCUUUACAGAGCCCUUAAUCGUGUGCCAGAUAUGGAGAAGCUUGCAUCAUCCGAGAACAGCUGUGUUGUGGAGGAGUUAGAAACCUUGUUAGAUGGCUCUGGACAUUUACGGACGCUUGCAUUUCUGUAUGCUAGUAAAGGGAUGUACUCCAAGGCUCUCACUAUCUGGCGUAUCCUGGCAAAAAACUAUUCAACGGGACUCUGGGAAGAUCCCAUAGCUUCUGUGGAUUAUGAUUCAAACUCAACUUCUGAUUUGCUCUCUGGUCAAAGAGUAGCGGCUGCUGAAGCAUCAAAGCUGCUACAGGAGUCAUCAGAUCAAGCUCUUGUUCUUGAACAUCUUGGAUGGAUUGCUGAUAUCAAUCAAGAAUGUGCCAUCCUGGUUUUAACAUCUGAGAAAAGGAGCAAACAACUUUCACCAGAAGAGGUGAUUGCUUCAAUUGAUCCAAAGAAAGUUGAAAUUCAUCAGAGAUAUUUGCAAUGGUUAAUUGAAGAUCAAGGCUCGGAGGAAAUGCACCUUCACACAUUAUAUGCUCUUUCCCUUGCAAGAUCAGCAAUUGAAUUGGUUGAAAGGGACUCUAAGCUGGACAAUCAUCUUACUGAGAGAUCUAAUGAGAUGAGUGCAUCUGAUGUUGCAAAUAAAGGUGCUCUUACAUAUCAUGUCAGGGAAAAGUUGCAGUUGUUUUUACAAGCUUCAGAUUUGUAUGAUCCUGAAGUAGUGCUUAAGGUCGUAGAAGGGUCAGAGUUGUGGUUAGAAAAGGCAAUUCUUUAUCGAAAAAUUGGGUUGGAGGAGUUGGUGCUUGAGAUCUUAGCUCUGAAACUGGAAGAUUGUGAAGCUGCUGAACAGUAUUGUGCAGAGAUUGGUAGACAAGAUGCUUACAUGCAGUUGUUAGAUAUGUACUUGAAUCCAAAAGAUGGAAAGAGCCCAAUGUUUAAAGCUGCAGUUCGUCUCCUCCACAACCAUGGGGAGCUUUUGGAUCCCUUGCUAUUGUUGGAGAAACUGUCACAUGAGAUGCCCCUCCAGGUUGCCUCUGGCAUAGUACUGAGAAUGCUUAGAGCUCGAGUUCAUCAUCAUCUUCAGGGACAGGUGGUUCAUAAUAUUUCACGUGCUAUAAGUCUAGAUACACAGUUAGCCAGACUAGAGGAGAGGUCCAGAAAUGUACAAAUAAAUGAUGAAAGCGUUUGUGAUUCUUGCCAUUCCCGCCUUGGUACCAAACUUUUUGCAAUGUAUCCAGAUGAUUCUAUUGUCUGUUAUAAGUGUUAUCGUCGCCUCGGUGAAUCGACAUCUGCACGCGGACAGAACUUCAAAGAAAACCCUAUUUUUAAACCUGGUUGGCUUGUUACUAGAUAGGAAUUGUUCAACAGAAAACCUCAGCUGCAGCAUCUUGGCUAUUGCUGGUUCCAGGUUAGUGCAGUUUGCAUUCCUGAAUUGUAAGACUUCAUUUGGAACGCCUUUUUUACUGCUCUCUAAAGAAAUUUUUUAAUAUAAAAAUUUGUUUAUUAGAAAGCUGUUUUUAAUUCCAAAUGAAGCCUAAAAAUUAUUAAUUUAAUGACUUCUUUGUAACAGUAGUGCUGCAAUCAAAUUAACCUGUCAUAUUAUUUAUUGGAGCCUUCUCCAAGCCAAAAAUUAAUGUGCAUAACUAUACAAAUAUGGUUUUAAUAAUUAUGAUUUUUUUUUCUCCUUGCGGAGACCUAA